AUGGCCACGCCCCAGGGCAACUCGGGCCCUAAGCAAGCCGGUGUCCUGCCCAUCCGGCCUGCUCAGACGCAAGGGCCGGCCGACUCAUCUAGGUCUGCGAAGUCGAAGGCUGCUGCACAGGAUGGCAUCAAGGCCAAGGUUCGGAGACUACCACCCGGUCUCACCGAGCAGGAGUUCCUCACGGUCCUCGGCGACUCGUGGAAGUCGGGCAACGGGAAGGUUGGCUGGUUCUCAUUCCAUCCCGGGCAUAUUCCCAAGAGCGCAUCCAAAGAUUCCACGCCCGCCUUUGCUUUUCUUCAAGUAAAGGAAGAAGACCUCGAAGAACUCGAUCAGACUGUCCAAAACGCUACCUGGGAGGACGCUAAGGGCACCUUUAAUAGCCCUUCUCUCGUCGGCCCGCCCUACGUGGAGCGUUCCAUCUACAAGAAAAUGCCCCUUGCUAAGCCCAAGAAAGAUCCCAAGGAGGGAACGAUCGACCAGGAUGAGGACUACAAGGCGUUUUUGGCUAGUCUGGCAGAGGAUCCGACAAUGAAGCCUGAUGAGACUCAAGCUGACGCCGAAGACUCUACAAAAGCCGAGGCGGAUGCAAAGACCACUAUCGCUCCAUUGGCCCAGUUCAUCAAGGAGAAUCGCGAGAAGAAGGCGAAUAAAGCCAAAGAGGCAGCAGCUGCUAGGAACAGCAAACAUUCAAGACAGGAAUCGCAGGGCGCCAAAGGCAAAGGCUCGUCCACAACACCGGAAGAUUCUAGGAAAAAGUCCAAGGAUAAGGCCACUGAGAAACCUAAGGAGACAGUGCGGAUUCUUAAGAAGCAGGCCGCUACGGAGGCUGCGGCUGAGGCUGCCAAAGCUGUCGCGAAGGACAUCAAAGCAGGAAAUUCCUCCUCUGACGCGGCCAGCAGUCGCCGCGCUGGUAUCCAGGGUGUUGCCAACAUUCUGAAGCGUGACCUCGGCCUUUCCAAUGGUUCCGCUGCAAGAAAGGCGCGGCAGGAGGUGGCAAAGCAAGAGGCUGCUAAGAAAGGCGACGCUGAUCCGAAGGCUAAGGAGUCUAAGGGUAAGGACGGCGGAUCCUCCUCGACUGCAGCAGCAGCAGGACCCGCACAAGCAGCAGAUCGGCCUCCGACUCCCACGGCACCGAAAGCACAAGCGGAGAAGUCUUCGAGGCCAGGGCGAAGCAGGAGAGGCAAGGAGUCCAAGUCGGCCGAGUCUAAAACCGGAGGGCCCGCCGAAGCUCCAGCCGCAGCACCUAAGGCCCCUAUCAUCUUGCAGAAGAAGAAAGAAGACAAUGCUGCAUCCUCCGCGGCUAAGGAACCGCCAAAUCCUGCCAAGCCUGCGUCGAAACAAGGUGCCUCUUCGGCAGCAUCAACGCCCCCGACUGGCCCGAAGGCAGCAGCCGCUAAGGGCAGCCAAUCUGGAGGUUCCCAGAAGAAGGGCAACAACCAAGCGCCGGCAGCCGCAUCCACGCGUGCGUUUCUCAAGCAUGCCAAUCCAUCUCAAGGAGUGACCGAGGCUCUAUUGAAGGAUGCCAUGCAAGUCUUUGGAGGGAUCAGCUUCGUCGAGAUUGACCGGCGUAAGGGCUUCGCAUACGUGGACUUCUCAGAUCAUGCAGGACUGGUCAAGGCGAUGGCCGCCAGUCCCGUCUCUGUUGCGCAGGCGACCGUACAAGUCCUUGAGCGUAAGGACCAAGGUUCUAAGAAGGCAGCCGGUACGGCUGGCAAUCAGACUCAGUCCGGCACCGCCAGCAGCGGUAACGCAGCGGCGGCGGCGGCUCCCGCUGCCGCUGCCGCUGCCGCUACCUCGGGCCCUGCCAAUCCUCCAACUGCUCCAUCUUCUAAUGCGGAUAAGAGCGGCAAUGGAGCGGCUGGCGAGCAGCAGCAGCAACCCAAGCGCAGCCGAAGACGUGGUCGCGGUAGGGGAGGUAACGGAGGAGGAGGUGGUGGAGGUAGUGGUGGUGCUAAUGGCGAGGGGAAGACGGAGGCCGGCGCUGGGUCCUCUGCAUCAGCCGCAGCGGACGCCGGAGGAUCUGGCGCUGGUUGA